UUCCUCCUUACAUCCACACGCACACAUCUUCUCCUCCUUCUUCAUCAUCCAACCACAAUCCUUAACUUCUUCAAAAUGGAUUCUUAAACAUUUCCCAUAUUACUAAAACUCUUGUGUUUCAAUUCAAAGAUAUUGUUGUUGGAAAAAUUAUACUGGGAGGAAAUGGAAAAGCUUAAUUUUAUAAAAGAUGGUGUGUUAAGGUUGCCUCCUGGUUUUAGAUUUCAUCCAACAGAUGAGGAAGUGGUUGUACAAUACUUGAAGCGCAAAGUACAAUCUUUUCCUUUGCCUGCUUUUAUUAUUCCCGAAGUUGAUGUUUGCAAGUCUGAUCCUUGGGAGUUACCAGGUGACUGCGAGCAAGAAAGGUUUUUUUUCAGCACAAAAGAAGUCAAAUACCCUUAUGGGAACCGAUCGAAUCGGGCUACUUUAUCCGGGUAUUGGAAAGCAACCGGAUUAGAUAAAAAAAUUGUUACUUCAGACAACAAUCAAGUUGUGGGCAUGAAGAAAACACUCGUAUUUUACAAAGGAAAACCCCCACACGGGUCACGAACCGAUUGGAUCAUGCACGAGUACAGACUCGCAACCCCUCAACCCAAGAACCCGACUCAGGGUAUGGAAAAUUGGGUUAUUUGCAAAAUUUUCUUGAAGAAAAGAGGAAGUAAAGUUAGCAAGUACAAUGAAGAGCCAAUUGGGAUAAUUGAUUGUAAAUCGGUAAAAUCAAAGCUAGUUUUCUACGAUUUCAUGUCAGCUAGUAAGAAGAGAAGAACUGAUUUGAAUUCGACUCCGGUUUCAUCAUCUUCGGGUUCAAGCGGGAUCACGGAUGAUGUCGGUUCUUGUGAUGAGCAUGAAGAGAAUAGCCAUAACCCGGAUGAUGUUAAGAAUUUAAGGAAACAAUCGUCAUAAAUUGAUAUUCUUUUUUUUUUUUUUUAAGAUUAUCCUAAGUCUAAUUUAAUUUACUAAUGGGUUAUUGUUAUUUAUUGGCCUUUAGUUUUCAAGAUUCCCAUGAAAAUAAUCAAAUUUUGAGUGAAUUUCAAGAAUUGUCCUUUAUCUUUAUACCCAUUUUCAGACGUUGUCCUUUAUGUUUAAAAUUGACAAGUUUUGUACUUUAUGUUUUCAAAUCAUACACGUUUUGUCCUUUAGCCCUAACCCAGUUAGAAUUUUCUGUCAAAUCUGGCCAUGUGCAAUGCACAUGAGGGUAAAAUUGUCUUUUCAACCUAUUCUUUCAAAAUACAUAUAAAAGAAAAAAAAUAUUAUGUAUCAUAAAAAAAUGCCUUCUUCCCAAAAUCAAUCCCAUUUCAAAACCCUAAUUUCACUCAAAGAGCUGCAACAAUUCAUGGUAUGGUCUAUCUCUUGGUUCAACUCCUCAGAUGUCUCCACCUACUUCGGAGAUAAAGAUUGGCGGACCCUUAAAUUUUUAGCUAGGGGUGCGGAUGAGGUAUUCAACCAUAUUUUCAAGGGGUGCGGUCGGGUUUUUUGCCUAAAAUAUACACUAAGUUUUUUUCAAGGAGUGCGGCCGCCCACCCUGGCCAAAGGUUAGGUCCGCCCAUGAAAGAUAUCGGAUUUAAAAGCUUUUCAAAGCCAUACAUCGAGGGAAGCGUUAUGAAGACGCUAGUUCCAUAUAUAGAAGUUGUCAUACUUGACGAAGGCCACCAUUUUAUCCAGCACGAUAAACCUCAAGAAGUCUGUGAUGAGAUCAUAUCCUUUAUUCAAAAACUAGCCAAAAACUAGGAUCACAGGGUCUGUUUAUUUAUGUAUCAAAACUAGCACGAAUAAGUUAAUGUAUUGAGACCGUUAGACCAAUGUUGCUUUUGCUGUUUGUGUUUGCAAUUUCCAUCUUUAAUAAUACUUGAAACCUUGAUUCA